AUUAGACCUGGGAGAUCACGUCCAUGCUGCUCCAGGGUAAGGCGGAGACCAUCCCUCAUUGGAAGAGCAAAGUCAUGGUGGAGCUGCAGCCACAGGAAGUCAUAGACGCCUUCCCAGCAUCCCCUCGUGUCCUCAACACGCAUGUCCGGUACAACCAACUUCCGUUACAAGCCAGAGAGAAGAAGUGUCGGAUGAUCUAUGUCCUUAGAAACCCUAAGGAUGUUGCCGUGUCCUUCUAUAACCACCAUAAAUCUUUCGAGAAUCUGUACAAGAAUUACAAUGGAUCGUUAAACGAUUAUCUCCCUUUCUUUCUGGCUGGGAAAACGGACUACGGAUCCUGGUUCGAUGCUAUCCUCCAGUGGGAGAAGGACAUGGAGGCCCAGCGAGACAGACAUCCAAUACACAUUAUUUACUAUGAAGACAUGAAGCAGAACCCCGUGGAAGAGAUACGGAAGUUGGCAGUGUUUCUGGGAGUAUCUGCAGAUGACUCACUGUACAACGCCGUGGCGGACAAAUGUUCUUUUGAGAAUAUGAAGGAGGACAAGGAACCAUAUGAUCCUAAGUUUAAGGGCAAACUUUUUGUUUACAGGAAAGGUCAGGUUGGUGACUGGCAGAACUGGUUGACACCAGAUCAGAACGAGAUGUUUGACAAGCUGUACCAGGAAAAGAUGAAGGACAGCAAGUUCAGGGACAACAUCAGGUUCACUCUGCCCUGAACAGAAUUGACACAAAUGCGCGUAAUAUCAGAAUACAAAGACGGACUCAAAUACUCAGAAAUCAGAACUACGAUGGCAUUGGACUACGUGUCCAUAUCUAAUGUAAAAUGUAAAUGUAUUCAAGACGUUGCUUCGAUUCGGGUAUAGUUUACUGUCUUGCGCUUUGUAACUUUAUGUAAAACAAACUGAGAUUGGCUUGUCAUAUGGCUGGAACUUGGAGAAA